AUGAAAUGGAAGCUUGUUGGUACUGUUUUUCUGGUUACAUUUUGUUCAAAUUCCUUACAAUUGCGACAAGGCUGUCAAUCAUAUGAAUAUCUUUCGAAUCAGACUAAGAUUCGUGCCAUGGUUCCAAGAGUGAUAUAUGCUCAAGCUUCUUCAUGGAAUGAAGACAUUCUUCCGCUUUUUUUGCAUUUUCGUGUUUCAACCGGAAUUUACGUCAUGUUUCAUUUUAUAGCUAUUAUUAGUUUCUAUGCAUAUAUGCUCAGCAUGCCUCCUUUCUGUCGAAUAUAUCCAUACAUGAGCCUGUUCGAGGUGAAGAGGCAGAAAGAAAGAAGUAAGCCCGUGAGUGUUCAAUCUACUGACUCAAAAGCUUCAUUAAUCACUUCGUUCGAAGAGAACAAGUUCCCAGAGUUGACAGCUAAAAGCAGAUUUGGUGAGGGAAUGAGUGAAGCGAAAACGCAGAGAUCGCCACGAGUACAACGCGCUACUAAAGGAUAUCAGGAAGAUGAACUAGCGACCCAGGAGAAGUUUUUGGAUGGUCUUGAAUCAGGAACAGAAAAUUAG